AUGCACAUCGUCGCGUUCGCGUCGUUCGUGCGGCUUCCUUCAACGCAGCGGCGACCACGUCCGUCCACCCGACAACCUCCCUUCCUCAGUACACGUCGAGCACCUCGCACUUUUGUACGUCUCUGUCCAGGUCCAAACAAUACUACACUGCUGCAAACCUCUAUUACAACCUUCUCUUCUCGACCGCGCUCCCCAGCCGACACCCCACGCACCCUCGACCUCCAUGCCGUUAUUCACAUUGCAGACCCCACCUACUACUCAAACCUCCAGCAUGAACUCUCAAACACUUCAGCACCAUUGGACGGCGCAGUGCUCUACGAGCUAAUCCUCCCAUCUUCAUUUUCCUACCCAACUCAAGUACACGGUCUCCGCGAGGUACGAGCGCCCGUGCGUGCCCCUCUGGACGACACGCGUAGGGCUCAUCGAAUGCGUGCAGUCGCGCAAGCGGAUGCAUUUAAUCCAUGCAUCCCAAGGUGGUACUUGGCGGACCUAUCGUCGGAGAAGGUUAAAUCUCUAACCAAGCAACACUCCCCGCGACAGCCAGCACCCGAUCCGCUUCGCCUCAUUGCUGCUUUCCUUCCCUGUCCAGAGCUGUUUGCAGGUGCUGUUGCAGUUCCAAGCCGUGGCGCAGGCUUGCUUGUGCGCGCUUUAGCUGCGGGAGAUGUAGCCACCGCAAGGCGUAUCGCCUUUGCGCGAAAGGCGGUAGCGUCAACAGCUUCAAGGGCGUUCGCUUCUGCCGAUGCCGUUACCGCAGCGAGGGACGCGGCUGCCAUGUCUGCAGUCAAAGCUGCGGGGAAGGCUGGUGCAAGACAUGUCGCACUUAUUUAUGGAGCAUGGCAUGCUGGGCAUUUGUGCAGACGGUCGGAGAAUGAGCUCGGAAUGGACUUUGUUCGGACUAGAUGGCGAACAGCCAUGGUGCUACCAACGAAGAAAGGUAAUACAACUGCGCUUGUGGUGGGGUGUGUUGUUGCUGCAGCAUAUUUUUGUUACGCAGGCUUGGAUUGGGUUCUUACAAUUGAAUCAGUAGUUCGAACGCUGGAAGAGGGAUUUGAUGUUGAUGUAGACGUCACCGUGAGGGUUUUAAAUAUGAUUGGAUGGUACACGGUGAGGCAUCUUCUCCCUUACGUAGGCUUUCAGCGCUGGUUCGACGUAGGUGAAGGAGAGUAA